UCUGAAAAUUAUAGCAAGGUUUGUUUCGUAAGGUGUACUUAACAACUGUUUUUCACAAACAUACGACCGUUCCCAUCACUAUUAAUACUUAGAAGAUUGAAUAAAAAAUUGAUAAAUAUAUUGAACAGUAUUUUUGCCAGCUUUAAAUAAAUAAUAUAUUUGCAAAAAGUAGAAGUCAUGUGGAAACGGAGAUAUCAUAAACUCGUUUGGCUGCAGGGAGUAGCAGGGCAACGUCAGCUGAUACGAGUAUCAAAAAAAUUAUUAAGAUUAACAGUACAGCGCUUGUGACUGACUAGCAGAGACAAGUUGGAGUCGGCAAUCAGUUUGAAAACGACUUUCAUUCGCAACAGACAUGUAAACGGCAAGCAUUCAAUUACCUGAGACGAAGUAAAAUUUACCUUACAGUAAGGCAAUAGUAAGCUGAAGGAAAGUUCAAUGUAGGUGCAUUACAAAGCGUGGCAGCGAAAACUGCUAAGACCGAAUUAAUAACAUAUUUUGAAAACAAAGUGGAGGGUGAAAUAUAUAAGUGUGGAAAGCUGAGUGAUAGUGUACGCCGGUAGCUGCAGCAUCUCCAAAUGCUGGGUAAACAAUGGGCAAAGAGCCGAGCAAACAAACAAAUAAAUACUAGUUAAUGCUUUUGCGUUACAAAGGAACGUAUAGAAAAUAAAAGUAGAAAACUAAGAUUCCACAUAAUAUGUAUGUAUGUAGUGACAAAUAGAAGCAAAGGUGAAAUGUGCAGGUGAAUAGUGAAUUUUAGUCAACAAUUGAGAAAUGUUGCAUUAAGAAAGUUGAUAAUGUGUUCGAAAGUUCCCCAUUUGACUUCCCAGUGCAACAACUGGUGCGUGACAGCUGAAUUAAUCAAAUCAGCGCUGCAUAAUUGAUUAGGCUAAGAACUGUGAGAAUUUCAAUCAUAUACUAUGCAAAUGUAAUCGCCGCACAUUAUUUAAAAAACAAGACCACCUAAAAAUAUUUCAUGUAUAUGAAUAUUAGGCCAAAAAAAGAAAAAUAUAUUGGGUGUACGCUUAGUAACCCAAAUUGGAGAAGUGCAACCAAGUUUAAAAACAUAUUUAUUGUUAUUGUUUUAUAAAACGAGGUCGUCAUAUAAAUCUAAAAGAAAUAUAGAAGCAAAAGGAAUAUAAGUUUUUAAAUACCUGGGGUGUUAACGAAAUGAAAAAAAUGAAUGCUAGUAAGUUGGACACAACAACAAUGUUGACAUCAUUGACAGCUAAUGGAACCAGUACAAAACUGGAACAGCACACCAAGCCCAUACUAAGUCCAACACGAUCCCUUGACGAAGGUUUUGAAAGUGAUCCGGAUCGGGUGUCUACCGAUUCGGAGCAUCAAACGAGUGGAACGAAUUGCAGUAGUGGUAGUAGCCAUAAUAAUAAUAGUCAGAACAACAAUAGAAAUAGUGUUGCAGAAAAGCACAAUAGCGGCUCGACACUAGCUCAGCUGUCGUCAGCGGCCACGGGAGGUCUAACAGCAUCGACAGCAUCAGUAUCAGCGUCACCAAUGACAACAAUAGCAAGCUUGACUGCCACAUCUAGCGUGUCCACAACGGUAGCUCAAAAGGCAAACAUAAAAACAGAUUUGCAUAAACUACGCUUGCUAACAAUGGUCGUUCCACCGUCUCAAAUUGCACGCCGACAACCGGCGAUUAGUGCGACACCUGCUGCAACUCCUGCAAACUCCAACAACUAUCAAUAUGCUGGUGCUGAUGCGAAGUCGACAUCCGACACGUCAAUGGAAACGUUUCUAAAAGACCAGCAUUUGCAACAGCAGCGACGUGGCUCAGCAGAGUCAGCGCACAAUAUCAACUAUCCGAUCGAUGUGACAACAUCAUCAUCUUCAACUGCUUAUGUCCCUAACAACAAUAAAAAAAAUUUACUUAUGCAAUAUCGUACUGGAUCCAACUUGGCUGCUCUCACCGCCAAUGUGGCACGCGCCAGCGGUGCUUUAACCAAAUCCACAAGCAAUGGCAGCGGCUCGCCGUUGCCCUCACAUCGUCUACAAUAUCAAAAGCAGCGUCAACCAACGGUAGCCUCUGCCGCCGGUCAUCAGACCGUACAUAAUCAUCGUUACGCUGCCAGUAGUACCGGCAAUGGAGGGGGCAUGACUAGUGGAUUUCGACGCGCACGCACUCGGGCAAUGUCUCCCGCAGUGGUAAAUAGUGUAUCAAGCAACAGUCAUGGCGUCAGCAACAAUACAGGAGCCAGCAUUGGUGGUAUGCAAGUUCACACUUCACGAAGCCAGCUUUUUUCACGCAACGCCAAUAUGCGUUCACAUUCGGUUGAUGCCGUUUCACGCCAUCGUAAUGGAUAUGACCCGACCAAUGCACUUAUUCUUAAGCAUGAAGGCAGUGGUGUCACAAGUUCGGGCAAUCAUAGCGUCCAUAACGCUGGUGGUUCCAGCAACACCGCCAGCAAUACACGAAUGAUGAACUACAAAUACUGUAGUGGGAGUGUGGGAACAGGCAACACGAGCGCUGGUCAACCUCUGCUAGUACAGCCUAUUUCUAGUGCAACUUUGUCGACGAGCACAGCAGCAGUUUCACUCCCAGCCGCUACUACAGUUCUUAAUCCAGCGAAUGCUGUUGAUGCCGCUGCUGCGUUGGUCGCAGCAGCUGGUGGAUCACCAGUUAUCGCUUCGGCCACCAACAGUCUGUACACGUUCUACCCAGCCGAAGGCAAUUUGCAAGUAUGGCAAUCUGAGUGCGGCAACCUCACGUACAAAUCAUCGCGCAAUCAGCACACGCACAAGGCGCCGGUUUGUUGGACACAAUCGAUACCAAGGCAAACAAGACGUUACAUUACUCCAGCAACCGCAUCCAACGGCAGUGGCGCUGCCAGUAUAAUCUAUCCCUCCACGAAUGGGCAAAUGUACAGGGUGAAUAAUGUACCGUUAUCGCAGGCAAAUGUUGUGAACAUUUCCUCUUGUAACAACAAUAACAAUGGAAGUGCGGACAAUGUAGACGGUUAUCACAGCGAGAACAGCAUGGGUAACAGGGACAUAAACUCGCCGAGUGGAUUCUCACAAAAGUUAAAAGAAUUAGCGGCAUCAGCAGGCCUCUUAACACUAAAGCCACGGCAUCCGCUGAAACCAGUAAUAAAGACGCGUGGCUCACCAGGAUCCGAAUUUCCGAAAAAGGUCACAUUCAGUGCCUUCGCUACCGUACAAGUAUUGUAGUGUUCAGGCAAAGCUAAGUCUUAGUUAUGGCCAAAAUGUUGGUUCGAAUGAUUCCAUGUGUAUAUGUAUGCAAAAAAAAACUUGAUUUUUAUUAAUUAACUUUCUGCUUUUUUCGUAAAGUUUGUUAUUCGUAAUUCUAAUUACACAAAACUUACAGGUGUACGACAUAUUGAUUCGAAGUAAAAGUCUUACGUACAUAUGUAAGUAUGUACUUACCUAUGUAUAAACAAAUUUAGUGAGUAAAAUAUAUUUGAAUUGUUUUUGUUGUUGUUAUUUAUAAUUAUACACUCAAAGGAUGAGUUAAAAUAUUUAAUAUUUACUUACGAAUGCUACGAUGAUCAAAAUUUAAAAUUAUCAAUAACCUGAAGCACUUUGAAUUCCCACACCAACAUACAUACAUCACAUAGUUGGACAGGUUCAAAGAAGAGUGAAAACCGAUGCUCCGAUAAAAUGUGUGAAUUUUAGGAUAUUCAUUAAUUUGUUGAUUAUUUAAAUGUGUUGUAUUUGUAUGUUCAUAGACUAAGUGUUUUUAUUCCAAGAGUUUGAAGCCCAUUUUUUGGAUUAUUGCGGAGAUUACUUAGACCAACCAGUUACAUAUGUACAUGUGUGUAAUGUGUGCAAAUAAUUAAGGAAGCUGCUGGAUAAACAAAACUAAUGCGAAUAACCUGAAUUGCUUGCGUUUGGUGCAAUAUUCAUUUGACUUAUAAAAAUGAUCGUUUUAAGUUGUAAACAAAAAAACAAAAAGGAAUACAUAUAACUCUGUAAGUGAAUUUGUUCACAAUUUAUUUAGUUGUAAACCUGUUAUAACAAAUACAAUGUAUUUAAAAGUACAUGCAUAUGUACGUUGAGGUAUCCUUAUUUAAAACAAAUCAAGUUUUGCAAAAUGCCGAUUGGAUUGUUUCUCUAGUCAUGUAAAUACUUAAAGAGUAAAGAAAAUGUAGUUAAAACUUUAA